UGGUGGUGCCGGUGGGGGCGGGGGUGACGGCGGCGGUGUGCGUACUGGCGCUGUGGAGACAUGCGGCAGGAGGGGGAGGAGGAGGAGGAGCAGCGGAGGAGGUGCCGUACUAUCGGGAGGCUGUGAUCCUGCAUGGCAUUGCGGCCCUGUUGGAGCUGCUGGCGGAGCCCUUCUACAUCCUGGCGUCCGUACACCUGUUGUUCGGAGCCCGGGUGGCGGUGGAGUUCAGCUCCACACUGGUCAAGAGCCUCGUCACGUUGGGACUGCUGCUGGCGUACGGCAACGGGGGCAGCCGCAGCAGCACUAACGGGGGCAGUGGCAUCAACAGCAGUGCUAGCAACCCCAGCCUGCAUCAGCAAGGGCAGCAA